AUGGAGAGCACCGAUGCUUUGGGUCUUGAUACAGCAGAAAUGUGCCUAGUGCCUGGUGUUGUUAUUCCAUCCAAGUUCAAAGUCCCAGACUUUGAAAAGUAUAAGGGAAAUAGUGACCCUAUGACUCACAUUAGGGCAUACUGCCGAAAGAUGGUUGCUUAUUCCAGUGGCGACCGACUAUUAAUGCAUUUUCCAAGAUUCCCUCAGUGGGGCAUCAUUGGAUUGGUAUAUGCAACUCGAGGCACUCAUAUUCGCAUUGGGAGAGAGAUGGUCGAGACAUUCCUCAAGCACUAUCAGUACAAUACUGAUAUGGCACCUAACCGCACGCAGCUGCAAAAUCUGACUCAAAGGUCUGAGGAAUCUUUCAAGGUGUAUGCCCAACAGUGGAGGGAAUUAGUUUCUAGGGUACAACCCCCAUUACUAGAAAGAGGGCCGAUAAACAUGUUUAUGGGUAACCUACAAGGCCCAUACCUUGACAAAAUGGUGGGGAGCACCUCUUCGUGUUUUUCCGACCUAGUCUUAGCCGGCAAAAGGAUCAAAAACAUGAUCAAGAUGGGCAAGAUUCAAAACUCUACAAGUGCAUCCAGUGCAGUAAAGAAACCCUUUGUUCCUUAUGGUAAAAAUAGAGAAGGUGAGACCAGUGUCACAACCAUCAUCCGAACUAAAAAUCCCACUUAUCAACAAGUAGCCAUCGUGGCUCCCGUUCAAUAA